CCGACAUUCCUAAGGAUCUUUUUGCUUCCCUGUACAACCAACAACAACAUCUUAGGUUUCAUGGCACAUGUGUCUACACACACCUACAAAGUGAAACUUGUUAUCAUGGCUUCGACUGGAUGGCGCCAUCUUUCGCCGCCAUGCAAAAGUCCUCUACGUCUCCAACUCUGCACGGGGCUUGUGCCCACUCCAAGUCUCCAAGCAUGGCAAGGCUGUGGCAUUGGCGACUUGGCGGCAAAGCUCUUGUGCUACCGAGACCAACAACCCCCUGCUAGCGCCGUAUUUCACAUCUCGCCAAAAUCACCAACCAGUCUCGUCAAUUAGCCGCCCAUGGUUGCUCGGUUUUUAUUUCCCUGGCCAUUCCCCUUCAGUCCCCACGCGACUGUGAGGGUCGUGGGCUCUCCGCCGAGCAACAGCGCGAGCACGUUGUUAAAUGGGAUUUGGUACCUCAACACGUCAACAAAGCUCUAAUCAUGGCGCAACCAUACACGUCAUCUCGCCCUCACCAAGCAAACAUGUCAUCCCGCCCUCACGCGGAGGCCUUUCCAGUGGCGUACAGCACCCUUCCCGAGGUUGCUGGCAACGAUGCGCCCCAGGUCUAUCCAAGCGAAGCGCCUCAGGUUUACACGAACGAUGCGCCCCAAGUUUACACGAACGAUGCACCCCAAGUUUACACGAACGAUGCGCCCGAGACGGUUCCCCAAAACACCAAGAAGGACUAUUCUAUAACCUAUUAUCAGCAAAACGGCACCACGAGUCCAUACCCGCCGCCUUCGGAUACAGAGCCGGCACCAAGCCACAUAUUCCCGGCGGAGGAGAACAAGAAAAAGAAGAGCAGCGUGGUGAUCAAGAGGAGGACAUGCAUCAUCCUUGGUAUAAUCCUGGCCAUUCUGGUUAUCGGUGCUAUCGUUGGUGGCGUCGUGGGAGGUAUGAUGGUUUCGCGCAAAAACGAGACAACCCCAGGCGGGACGGGUGCGGUUGGCGAAAACAACGGCGGCCCCAACGGGGCAAGCACCGGUAAUGGGACGAAUACCAACAAUGGGACAAACACCGGCAUCGCUGUACCGCCGCCCAAAAACCCAAACGCAAUCGUUAUGGAAAAGUCGGGCAUUAGUGCGGUAAGUUAUACGGUCGAUGGUACCGAUUACAAGAUGCUGUUUUGGCAACCUCAAAAAACCCCCGGCGACAUAAAAUAUUCAGCCUGGGAUUCCAAAAGCCAAAAUUGGGAGGUUGUCGACCUUGGCAGCAGAUUGAAAGGAUCUGCCAGGAUUGAAGCCACGCCAGGAACAGCUAUUGCAACUGCCGUACGAUCCGGUAAUACCGGCGACGGUGGUUUUACUUUAUCGGUGGUGUACAACGGAGCGUCCGGCUCCGUGCACGAGUUGACAACGUCAAACGUCAAGGGCGACAGCUGGGAAAAAAUAACGUACGCGAUCCAAUCCGGUCCUCGCGCCCAGCUCGCCGCUCGGUGGGACGUCUGUCCAAGCAAGUGCACCAACACGUUGCUCGUGGCGUACGAAAACGUGAACAAGCAGAUUCGGAUCCACUAUCCACGGGUGACGGAGCUCAAUGGCCAACGAUACCGUGACAUGGCCGACAGCAUCACGCCGGGCUGCGGCAUCGCUUUGACGGCACUUACAUUCGACAACAAGACCAACGAGGCCUCGAGCACCAAAGUCUACUACCAAGGCGCCACGGGUCUUUUCACAGAGGUUACUCGCAUAGCGGACCUGACGUGGUGGACUCCUAAGCCCGAGAUCUUUCGCACGGCCAUGCCUUUUGACAAUCCACCGCAGAUAUACGCGACCUCGUUCGAGAAACCCGACAUGGGGCUUCUCUUCCUGGCCGUUCUGCAUAGGUACCCGUCCAAUGGUCGUCUCACCCUGACACAUUGGGAUGACAAACGGUGGACUUUUACAGAUCCAAGGUCUACAAAAGCGAUCCCAGGUGUCAGUCUAGAUUCUGGCACGGCGGCCGUUUCUUUGUCGAUGGACAUGAAAGUAUACGUUGUGCCCGAUAACUGCGAAUCGAUACAUAUUUUUGAUAUUGAUAAGGACGAUCCGGGGACAUGGACCCAUGCAGGCGAAGUUACUAUAAAAUAGGGUGCAGAUCUGAUGGAUGUUUUGACUAUUUUUCGAUUUGUAUGUAUUCAUUUAAUAUAUAUAAUAUUCAACUUAACGGGUCGUCAAAGCCGAAGCGGAC